GGUGGUGUUCCAGUGCAUGCUCACUCAGAGUGGGAAUUGAAUGUUUGUUGUGUAGUUGACAAGAGGGGAGGCUGAGUGAAUGGAAUUGAACUUGAAGUGACGUGAUAGUCAUGCAGAGAAUUUCAUCGAUUGGACAAGAAACGAGUCAUCCUGGACUCAUGUUAGAAAAUAUAGGCUCUUUAACACAAGGAUUUAGUGGUGACAGUGAAGAGGACUCCAGAGAAGGAAAUUCUAAUGGCCCUGGCGGCCAGAAACGUAGUGCUGAGGAAGCUGGGCUUUCCGAACGGUCAGGAAUUGAUGUUGGAAGCACGUCGGACAAACUAAAGAAAACAAUUCCACCAAAUGGAAAAAAAACUAAGGGUCGUGUAAAGAUAAAAAUGGAAUUUAUUGACAACAAAUUACGGCGAUAUACGACUUUUAGUAAAAGAAAAACUGGAAUUAUGAAAAAGGCUUAUGAGUUGUCAACACUGACUGGUACCCAAGUAAUGCUACUGGUAGCUAGCGAAACUGGCCAUGUGUAUACAUUUGCUACUAGGAAGUUACAGCCUAUGAUAACCAGUGAUGCUGGCAAGGCACUAAUCCAAACUUGUCUGAAUUCUCCUGAUGCCCUGGCUGGUCCAGGAGGCUCGGGGCUGGAUCAGCGUAUGAGUGCUACUGGUUUUGAAGAAACUGAGCUGGUCUACAGUGUGAAUGAGGACACAGAAAAUAGAGUGUCCCACUACCAACCGCACAUGUACGCCCAGGUUCCCGAAUAUAACACGCAGAAACUUCCCCCAUUUUAUACAAUUUAGAUGAACCUUUUCUGACUGACGACCUCUGACAUCCAAUCAGCAAGACGCAGCAGUAACGACCAGUUCAUCACCGGGUCUGCCGCACGUGCAGCGCUGGGCGCCGCGCGUGUUAGGCACGCCGUACAUCUACGCCUCUUCUUCUCUCUUUCUCUUCUUAAGCUCUGUCAGUGAGUCUCUCUCGGACUUCUGGCGCCUUCCCAUAUUUGGCCAGAGAGGGUGUAUCCUUUUCCUUUUAUGGUGAUAAACUUCCCCAUAUUAGUCAUAGCCGGCCUUGCUGGAGGGAGCCACGCGAAAGGCCAAGUGCCCGAAAAUGGAAACCGGCUUUUUCCUCUGUAUUGGUGAACCCGGCGGAGCCAGGUUCUCCUUACUAGGAAGUUGGCUGGACGGUAGUUAGUCACGUGAUACUUGCAGCUACAGGCUUUAUCAGCAAUUGGUGGAUUAGAACGUUAAUGUGCGAUGGCACAUGGAGAAUGUCAGAGCAGGUCUCUGACACUGGCGACAUGAUUAUGGUGUAUACCGUUUGUGUUUCGAAUCUACGAGUUUUUAUAUGUAUUUUUUUAAAAUAGUGUAAGUGAGUCUGAUUUUGUAGGCUAUUCCAAGAAUGCUUGUUGAACAAAAGUGUAUUGUGUGAAUAGCAGUGGGAUGUUGGCAGUUGCUGUAUAUUUAAUACCCUUAAGCAGGGGCGGUAGUGAUAUCUGGUUGUUGACUUGUUUUCUAAUUUUUCUUCUCUUUUUUUAGUUGUUAUUAGGCAUCCUACUUGUAUCCGGCAGAUGUUUUUUUUCAUUAAAAAAGAAGUUAACUAACGUUGGUAGUUUCAUUUCAGUAAUGUUUUUAUUAUAUAGUGAAAAUCAAAAAAGUUAUCAUACUUACCAUUGGUGGAUAAUUAACUCGUGUUUCAUAAUGGUAAAAAGCAUUUCUUUGUAGUGUGCUUAUCUUCAAAACGUUUACAAGUAAUUUUAUUUUAUUUUUUUCACCUGUUCUGCUACCACAGAAGUGAAAUUUGCGUUUAAUUUUUACUGUUUGCAUAUUAAAUAGCGACGCCUUUUUUGUUUUAUAGGAUGUGUUAGUUCUCCGUGUACUUAAUGAAACAACUUGUUUUACAGUGUUUAAAACUACUUUUGGCUAACGCUUUGUGUGUGUGUGUAAUGCUAGCUGUAUAAGCAUUCCACCUAGUUGUUGUUCAGUCAAGAUUUUGGUUACAUUUUUCAAUCCUCUACAGAAAUCGUAUUAUGUUAUUUUGUUGUUCUUUAAAGCUUUGACUCUAAAGAAUCGAUUUUUUUUUUUAAUUUCGUGUUUAAAACUAUCUUGUUCACUGGUGUCUUAUGACAAUCAAACAAGUCAUAUUUUUAUAUCAGAUUUUCUGCUGGAAUUUUUAAAUAUAUUUUGCCUAAACUGGCUGGUUUCCAGUUUAGAUUUUUUGGAUAUUUAGAAAACAUCGUUACUAAAAAUCUUUUGUUGGAAAGUUACAUUCCUGUAAAAUUUUGAGAAAUUUUUAUACAGUUAAUAAACAAUUUGGAGUUUA